CAGUCGCCAUUCAACGUCAAUCUUCAUUUCAAAACUCAACCUAAUCAUCCAUUACCACUUACCGCCAUCAUGAUAUUCCUCGCAAUCACCUUCUUUCUCCUCUUCAUCCUCUGCAUCCUUCUCGCCAUCCAACCCUCACUCCUCCAACCUCUCCUCUCAUGGCACCCGCUUCCUCACGCAAAAUUAACAGACAGCCGUCGCCCCAGCCUCGGCACCACCGAAACAAAGAUCACCCAAGACAUAGCACCCUACCAAUUCCCUCCCCUCCGCCCCAAAUCCUCCUCGAGAAUGGCAAUGGGCCUCAAACGUCUCGACGCCUCCAACUGGCUUACCCUCGACUCCUCUUACCUCCCCGAACACUCCCUCCGGCUCUCCCUCCUCGAAUCCCGGCACGCGGACGUCAUUCAAUGUCUGCCCGGCUCUCAGGCCUCGUGUCAUGAAGUCCUGGAUCUCGUCACUUCUUUCCUUGCUUCGCGGUUUCCGCAACAUUAUAGCCUACGUACCACAGCUUCUGAGCCAUGUAUCGAGAGUCACCUUACAGGAGAAGUUUACCCUAUCGGAGAAAAGUGCGAGAAUCCUUUAGAGGUAGCAGCAAGGCUUGCUAUGGAGGAUUUCAACGUCUUGAUUAAGAACCAGGAGACAAGAGAGUAUCACUUGAUGGCCAGCGCAACGCUGUUUCCCGCGGGCUGGAAGCUGCAGGAGAGGAUCGGAUACUCGAUGGCGAGGCUCCACGGCCCUGUUCCAGCAUGGAAAGAGAAAUUAGGUGGAAGUGUAAAUAGAUAUUUCGACCAUCUAUCCUCCAAGACGGCCAUGGAGCGCACGAACCUCUUUAUCCAGACCACGACUGAAUUAUUCCAGAAUGCCCCAGAGGAUCCUCUUGCGAGAGCCUUGACGGCGAAGGAUCUCAUGGUUAGGAGGGAACGGCAGACGUUUGUGAGGUUGGAGAAGACGGACGCGGUGCUGUUUACAGUUAGGACGUAUAUGCAGUCCAUGACUGGUCUUGGGAAUGAGGAGAUCAGGGCUUUGAGGAGUCAGAUAUUGGGGUGGGAGGAGGAGGUGAGGCUGUAUAAGGGGUUUGCUAUUUGGGGGGAGGUAUUGAUGAAGUGGUGCGAGGAGAUGGUUGGUGGUGUGCAACGGGAAGCAGAAGUUAAGGACAAGGAAUAGGAAAUGGGGCUGCAGUGUUUGCGGGUAUGGAGUUCAAUAAGAACUGGUCAGGGGGCAAAAUGGGCGUUGAAUCCGGAGUUGCAUCGUUUUACAGGGAAGUGAUCGGACAAAAGCUUACAGGC